AUGCGAUUCUGGAAACAGACAGUGGAGGAGAGUUCGGAGCAGAAGGCAUCGCAGGGGAAUGCUGUCGAGGAAAGUGGAGGACGCGUGGGCGAUGUCGAGACCGCCAUUGAGAGUCGGCCAAACAGCCACCACGAGAAACAACCCACCCUGCGAUUCACGGCUCAUCAGGCGUUCUACAUUUUUGGGCUUGACGGCGUCGGCGCCGCUAUUCUGUCUGGAGGCAUAAACUUUGGCAUCGCCUAUGGCAUGUACUCAUUCCAAAAUUUGGCAACACACCCUAUCCGCCUGUUCCAACUGCCCAACACCCUCGCCGGAGAUGCAGUGGUCACCAUCCUCGUCCAAACUUUGAUUACGUGGUUCAUUGAGCUUAUUCUUGUCGAGCACGAUUUGAAGAACGGGGCCAUCCGUCCUAUUGGCUUUUACAGAGAGCCUGUUCGUCCUCUCUGGCGAUGGCUCAUGCUUUUGGCUCCGAUUGAAGAUGGUGGGCAAGUUGUUCCGGCACGCUCCAAGAAGUGGCCCGCGUUCCUCGUCGAUCAGUUCAUUCGCAUCGGCCUGAUCUUUGUCGUGUCGUUUUUCCUACUAUGGGCGCCUUCGGUUGGCAUCUUGGUCGCGAUUGGCAAGCGAGGAACAGGCAGUGAUUGGGACUGGUAUUUCCAAAAGCAAUGGGCUCCGCAAAUCUUCAAGGGCGUCCUCGGUGGUCUGCUCGCUCUUUUGACGACGCCCGUCAUGGCGUCCUUCUGGCUGGUCAGAGAAGGAUGGCGACUCAGGAGAGGAGAGCCCAUUAUGGAGUGA